AAACAUAAAAGCAGCUAGACAAGUCGACUGCUGGAUCUAUUUCGCUGAUUAUUUUCCAUUUUUCUAGCAUUAUGUGACAUUUUUGUGUAUUGUUUUAACAACCACCAUGAUUAGCAAAGUAUUUCGGGCCAUUAUACUUGGUCCCCCUGGGUCGGGGAAGGGUACAAUAUCCUCACGUAUAGUGAAGGAUUUCAAGCUGACGCACCUGUCGAGUGGGGAUCUCCUGCGUGCGCAGGUACGAGGCAAAACAGAUGCUGGAUUAAAGGCGAGUGAAUACAUAGAGCGUGGAGGUUUGGUGCCAGAUCAUUUAAUGGUUGAUCUGAUACUGAAUGAACUGAAAGGGCUGUCUUCGGUAGACUGGCUCCUUGAUGGUUUCCCGCGGACAGUCGAGCAGGCAAAGGCCUUGGCUGAUGAGGUUGGAGUGGACUCAGUGAUCAACCUUAAGGUACCAUUUGAUGUGAUUGUCAAACGGUUGGAGGGACGUUGGAUGCAUGCCCCGAGUGGAAGGGUGUACAAUCAGGACUGGAAUCCACCCAGGGAGCCUGGAAAAGAUGAUGUUACUGGGGAGCUUCUUACGCAAAGAGACGACGACAAACCAGAAACUGUGUUGGCACGGUUACGAGCUUAUCAAAAUUUGACCUCGCCAGUUACAGACUUCUAUAGAGACCUGGAUCUUCUGAAAGAGUUCACAGGCACAGAAUCUGACAAGAUUUGGCCCGAAGUUCACAAGUACUUGUCGACUGUGGUACCACCAAAAAGCUGAAGCGUUUUAAAAUUAUUUUACAUCUAUUGAUUUGAUUCCAGAUAAUUUUCCCAUAAAAAUGCUUGAUUUGGGAGAUUUCUACGAUCAAGCUUACAUUCCAGUCCUAUUGCUUCAAAUUUAAAUCAUGUUUCAAAUGUAAUUUUGAGAUAUCCAGUACUUUGUCUUUCUUUUAAACAGUACUAGAGAGGGUACCAAUGAUAAACAUUUUACAUUUUUCAAGAAAGAUAAUUUUCAGAAAACUUGAUGAUCUAUUUUUGUAUAUAAUAACGAUUGAAGUAGUGAUGUUAUCGAGAGAAGGAAGUUGAUUACAGCUGGAUUCAAACCCCACAACCUCCUCAGGUUAAUGUACAGGUGUUUUACCUAAUAAAUAUACUUAUACAGCGCUUUGUCACACCCCUAGGGGCGUAUCAAAGAGCUCGGUAUUUUUUCCUGCAAAGUAUGUGAAGAUACAAUUUGAAGUAUGAG